CGGAAAUUUUCGACCGCGACCCUCACGUCCUCGAGGUCCUUGACGUUUCUCAACAGCUAAUGUCCUCCUCUUCACAGCAGGCCUCUUCCUCCAAUGACCCUACAGAGUAUCUUCGCUCUGCAAAAUUUGCAAAAUCGUCGGACUCAGCUGCAGUCUCAUCCGACAAUGCAGUUACAGCUUCUGACUUGUUAAUGGGUGCUUACGACCCCGCAAAGCUUCAUCCACUCGCCGAGCUGGGUGACAAACUGGAUUAUCUCCUCCUCGAAGAUGACAAAACGAGCGAGCUUCCUGGUGCAGGAACGGCAAUACCGUCUCGGGGUUGGAGUGAUGAUCUCUGUUAUGGAACUGGGACCAUGUAUCUUAGCGGUCUGGCAGUAGGCGGUGUUUGGGGCCUACGCGAAGGCGCACGAAGACCAUUAGCUGUGUCAAGUUCAAGAUUGCGGAUCAAUAGUAUUCUCAACUCAGUAACUCGACGAGGAACUUUCAUCGGGAACUCGGCUGGAGUUCUCGCACUCGUUUACAACGGAGUAAAUUCGUCAAUAGAUGCUGCAAGAGGGAAACACGACACUCUAGGCAGCAUUGCUGCUGGAGGUAUCACAGGUGUCCUUUACAAGUCGACAGCCGGUGUCAAACCUGCUCUUUCAGCGGCGAUAUUAAUGUCUGGUAUGGCUGGGAUUUGGAGUUACGUGAAAAAAAUAGUUUGAUUAUCUUGCAUGUACACCACGACUUUGGCUGACGUUUCCCCACUCUGGCUAUUUUACUUGACUUUAAUCAGCUUCUUUAUUGGAUUACACGUUACCCGAAAGCGACACCGAUUGAACAAUUCUGCGAUGAGUUGAUUUUGACCAAAUCCGUC